GCCCGCAUCACGUUGACACCGGAUGCGGAGGGACAACCUGAGCCUUCCCUUGGCCACGACCGGAAGCCUGCGUCUUUCUCAGCCAGCGGCUCACUGCGUCGCACAGUGCGGUCCGCGUACAGUCUGCAAGAUGAACGCCGUCUGGUUUUUCCUCCUGUGCUGGGCGCCAUUCCGGCUACAGGCUGCUGAGCCCACUGGAGUAUCUCUUCUUCUCGAAACAGCUGAACACAUCGACAACGCCCUGCAGAAAGGUAUAGAUGUGUACGUGCGAAACCCGAAGGAUUCGAACUUCUACAUGGAUCGCAUCCUGCUGACGGACAUGAUAGCGCAAGUGCGCUUCCUGGACCUGGACCCGUUCCAUCUGCCACCUUUCGAGACUGACUUCAAGGACAGCAUCCUGGGAAUCCCCGUCCGCGGUCACGCCAAGUUCGUGAACGGCACUCUGCGCGGCCUGUCGCGCGUCAACCGCUUCGGCGACUGCACGGCCCCCGGCUGGCUCAACGGCAACAUCACAGUCACCUGCAACCUGCUGAUCGACGACCUGGACAUCGUGUACGACGCGCGCGUCAAGUACGGCAUGGUGCCCGAGCUGCGCGUGCACGUCGAGUCUCGCGUGGGCACGUGCUACGCGCACAUGGAGGCCACUGCGGCGCCGGGCAAGCCGGCCGUGCUGCGCUCCUUCCAGAUCACCGGUCUCGGCGACCUCGACACCAAGUGGUCGGGCCUAGGACCGCUGAACCCAUGCUUGCGCAGCAUCAACGACGGCUACCGCGCCAACAUCGCCGGCGUCGUCUACAGCACCUUCUACAGCAGCUACAAGGUGGCACUGGACCGGUCGCUGUCGCACGAGCCCAUUCCCAAACCUUGAAGCAGCAACCGAUCUCUAAACGCAGCGAGUGUGCCGCGCGUGUAGUCUACAAUACCGCACUGUAACGCGGUGACGCCUCCGUCACUUUGCUUUAUCUUCGCGUCGUUAAAGCGGAGACAUUACCCGUGGAAACUGCAGUAAUAUGAGGACUGCGCUGCUACACCUGCAUGUGCGUACAUUAAAUAUGUUGCUUGGUUUGGGUUAUCCAUAAAGUUUUCUGUACUUCGUUUAAAUAUAUA